GUGUUUUUGCAGGUUGUGAUGAUUAUAGCUGUAGUCAUCUAUUUAAUAUAUUUUAUAACAGCUCUGGUGUUUGGAGCCACCCGUGAAUGCGUGAACACAACUCCACUUAUAGUUCUGACAUGUUUAAUACUGGCAUACUUCCUCUUUGGAUUUAUUAUGAGGCAUUUUGGAGAAAAUAUGAAAGAAAAGGGUCUUGAUCCAUGUGUAAAAUUUCUAAACAAUAAACAACGGAUAUUAAAAGGAUUAUUUGUGUUCCUUGCACUGGGAGGAAUAUUGGUUGUGAUAAUUGCUACAGGCGUUUACCAGCCCAGAAACCUCAUCUCUGUUGUUGGCUAUCUCUUCUUUGUCUUAAUCCUGUUUUUAUUCUCAGAACAUCGUAAACAGAUUAAAUGGAGACCUGUACUUGGAGGAUUUACGCUUCAGUUCUUUUUAGCUGUAAUGAUUUUGAAAUGGGACGUGGGCUAUAAACUUUUCCAUUUCCUUGGCGGUGUGGUCCAGGUGUUUCUUAGUUACACAGAUGUUGGAUCCAAAAUGGUUUUCGGUGACAAAUUCAUGGACCAUUUCUUUGCUAUGAAGGUUCUCCCUGUGAUUAUAUUUUUUAGCUGUUUUAUAUCCAUCUUGUAUCACUUGGGCAUCAUGCAGGCAAUCAUUGGUAAAAUAGCCUUUGUUAUGAGAAAUAUGUUGGGUACCACAGCAGCAGAAUCUCUCUGUGCUGCUGGUAACAUCUUUGUUGGUCAGACAGAAGCUCCUAUCUUAAUCCGACCAUUUUUAGAGUUAAUGACAAAAUCUGAACUACAUGCUGUAAUGACUGGAGGAUUUGCUACCAUAGCAGGUGGUGUCAUGGCAGCUUAUAUUUCAUUUGGGGUUCCUGCUGAACAUUUGUUGUGUGCAUCUGUAAUGAAUGCUCCCUGUGCCUUGGCUGUUUCUAAACUUCUGUACCCAGAAAUUGAAGAAAGUCGCAUUUGUAACAAAAAGCAUAUCAAGAAUCAAACUUCGAGUUAUCGUAAUGUUCUAGAAGCAGCGGCAGCUGGUGCAUCUGCUUCCAUAGGAUUGGUGGCUAAUAUAGCAGCUAAUUUGAUAGCUUUCUUAGCUCUGUUAGCUUUUGUCAACGCAGUGCUAUCAUGGUUUGGUGGAUUUGUUUGUCUUCCUGAAUUGUCGUUUGAGUUGGUUUGUUCCUAUCUGUUCAAGCCAGUAGCCUUUUUAAUGGGAGUGGAAUGGAAUGAUGCUGGCUCCGUAGGAGAACUGAUUGGAAUCAAGACAUUCUUAAAUGAGUUUGUUGCUUACGAGAAGUUGGCAGAGUUCAUCAAAAACAGGGAAGAUUGCUUGGAUGGCUAUUUCAUGGCUAGCCCAUUUUUAUUUCAGAUCAAAUCUGAAGUGAUAUCAACGUAUGCUUUAUGUGGGUUUGCUAAUCUCAGUUCAAUUGGUAUACAGCUUGGUGGACUGACACCCAUGGCACCUAAUAGAGCUAGUGAUUUAGCCAGUGUGGUUAUUAAAGCUUUAUUUGGAGGUAUUAUUGCCUGUUUAAUGACUGCCUCCAUUGCCGGUAAGUAUACAAAAUAUUCGUCAGUAUAA